GGCACGGCUGCUCCGGUCCUGUCCCUGUCCCGGUCCUGUCCCUGUCCCGGUCCCGGUCCCGGUCCCUGUCUCUGUCCCCGUCCGGUCCCGGUCCCGUCCCGGUGCCGCCCGGAGCAUGGCGGGGCUGGCGCAGUGCCAGCGCGAGGCGGAGGAGGUGACGGAGCUGAUGAAGCAGAACUUCGCCAAGGCGCUGGAGCGCGAAGGGCGCCUCAGCGACCUGGACAGCCGCGCGCAGGAGCUGCGAGCCAUGGGCGAGACGUUCACGCGCAGCACGCGGGCGGUGGCGCAGCAGCAGCGUGCGGGGCACUGGCGGUGGCGGCUGGUGCUGGGGGGGGCGGUGGCCGUGGGGCUGCUGCUGCUGCUCGCCAUCGCCCUGGGGCUGGGGCUCGCCCCCCGCGGCCCCCCCGCGCCCCCCGGCCCGGCCCCCCCGGCCACCAGCAGCCCCCCCACCCCGCCGUGACACGGCCCCGGGAGACCCUGCGGUGAAUAAGACGUUGUUAUGAGUGCUGGGAGACCCUACAAUAACAAAGCACCUGGAGCUGCUUCAGGAGACCCUACAAUAAAUAAGACAGUGAUGGGAGACCCUACAAUAACAAAGCACCUGGAGUUGCUCCAGGAGACCCUACGGUAAAUAAACACCUGGAGCUGCUCCGGGAGACCCUACAGUAAAUAAGACAGUGCUGUGAGUGCUGAGGAAACCUACAAUAACAAACAACCUGGAGUUGCUUUGGAGACCCUACAGUAAAUAAGACAUUAUUGCGAGUUCUGGGAGACCCUACAAUAACAAGCCACCUGGAGCUGCCCCUACAGUAAAUAAGACAGUGCUGUGAGUGCUGAGAAAACCUACAAUAACAAACAACCUGAAGUUGCUUUGGAGACCCUACAGUAAAUAAAUACCUCGAGCUACUCUGGGAGACCCUACAGUAAAUAAGACAUCACUGCAAGUGAUGGGAGACCGUACAGUAACAAACCACCCAGAUCUGCUCCAGGAGACCCUACAAUAAAUAAGCCAGCACUGCAAGUUCUGGGAGACCCUACAAUAACAAACCAACCAGAGCUGCUUGGGGAGACCCUAGAAAAAUAAGCUACCACAACAAGCACUGGGAAACACUACAGUAACAAGCCACCAGGAGCUGCUUGGGAAGACCCUACAACAACAAGCCAGUAAGAACCCCCUCUGUGAGACCCUACAAUAACAAACCACCAGGAGCUGCUCCAGGACAACCCUAUAAUAAACAAAUGUCAGGACCUGCCUGGGGAGACCCUAUAAAAAUAAGCCCGCACACCAAGCAGUAGGAGACACUACAGUAACAAACCACCAGGAGCUGCUCCAGGGAGACCCUACAAUAAACAAGGGUGCUUUCAGGAGACCCUGCAAUAACAAACCAGUAGGAACCUCCUCUGUGAGACCCUACAAAACAAAAUACUAGGAGCUGUUCCGGGGACACUACAAUAACAAACCAGCAGGACCCUCUCUGGGAGACCCUACAAUAAAUAAGGCUGCAGGAUCUGCUUUAUGAAGGUCCAAUGACAACAACCCACCAGGACUCGCUGUUGGAAGACCCUACAAUAACAAACCACCGUGCCUUGCGCCAGGGUGACCCAUUAAUAACAAACCCAUGGGGCCUGAUUUUGGGAGACCCUACAAUAACAGGCCUAUGGGAUCCGCUGCAGGGAGACUCUACGAUAACAAACCAGCACGACAUGCUCCAAGAAGACCCUACAAUAAUACACCAGCAGGACUCGCUGUUGGGAGACCCUACAAUAACAAACCACCGUGCCUUACUCCAGGGAGACUCUACGAUAACAUAUAACCAUGUCUCACCCCAAGGAGACCCUACAAUAACAAAUAUCCCUGCCUCGCCCCCAGGAGACCCUACAAUAACAACCUUACGGGGCCCAAUUCGGGGAGCCCCUACCACAAUAAACCAUCACAGCCCA